GCGACAUAUGAUGCAUCUUUGUCCACGUAAUGCACGAACGGUUUCAUAAAAUCUCAAGAGGGUAUGUCAAGCUCUGCCACAUGGCAUCUUUUACUCUUUAAGAGGUCUUCUCUCUAAUCUUCUAUGGCCUCUAGACUGGUAGAUAUGGCGGAGAAGCUUAUGCAAGCUGUUCAAUACAAUAGUUAUGGCGGAGGACCUUCUAGCUUAAAGCAUGUUGAAGUUCCAAUUCCUAAUCCAAACAAAGAUGAGAUAUUGAUGAAAGUUGAAGCAGCAAGUAUUAACCCAUUUGAUUGGAAAGUACAAAAAGGCAUGCUCAGGCCUUUUUUGCCUCGCAAGUUCCCCUAUACACCUUGUAAUGAUGUCGCAGGAGAAGUUGUUGAUGUUGGAGCAGGUGUUAAAAAUUUCAAAGCUGGUGACAAAGUUGUAGCUAUGCUUAACCCUCUUACGGGAGGUGGACUGGCUCAGUUUGCUGCAGCCAAGGAAAGCUUGACGGUCGCUAGGCCACGAGAAGUGUCAGCAGCUGAUGCUGCAAGUUUGCCUGUAGCCGGUCUAACAGCUCUCCAGGCCCUCUCUCAGUCUGCUGGGGUCAAGCUCGAUGGAAGUGGCCAACCGGUGAACAUUUUGGUCACUGCUGCCUCAGGUGGUGUCGGUCAUUAUGCAGUUCAACUGGCUAAGCUCGGAAACACACACGUGACAGCUACAUGUGGUGCUCGAAAUGUCAAGCUCGUGAAGAGCUUAGGUGCCGACGAGGUUCUUGAUUACAAGACUCCAGGAGGGGAAGCUCUGAUUAGCCCCUCGGGUCGGAAAUAUGAUGCAGUAAUCCACUGUGCAACAGGCAUUCCAUGGUCAACUUUCGAGCCUAAUUUGAGCACCAAUGGCAAGGUAAUAGAUAUCACACCUAGCCUUGGUUCCAUGGCAACUUUUGCUCUGAAAAAGCUUACCUUUUCAAAGAAGCAAUUGGUACCAUUAUUUUUGAACCCCAAGGGCGAGAACUUGAAUUAUCUUGUUAAGUUAGUCACAGAAAAGAAGCUCAAGACAGUGAUCGACUCAAAAUAUCCCCUGAGCAAGGCUGAAGAUGCUUGGGCUAAGAGUAUCGAUGGCCAUGCGACGGGGAAGAUUAUUGUGGAGCAUAAGUGACCUUUCCUUGUGUUUGGACCAGCUCAAAUUUAAGUGCUUAAAAGAAGAGAAUGUAAAUACAACAGAACAAUAUACUGCUUGUCUGGUUUUAUAUUUUACACUCUUGAAUAAUCGAUUCGGUAAAACCAUUUGUUUUU